AGAUGUUUAAGCGUCUAAGAAGAACUAGAUGGUGAAAAUAACAUCAACACUUUAUUCCAACACGACAUAAUGAGCGGUGCAAGCGCAGAUGUAGUGGCUCCUAACAAUAGCGAUAUCGGCGACAUGGUUCAGGAAGGAAAGAACAAAACAAAGAUAUACUGCCAAAGAUGUUCGUCUCUCAUUCUUCUGCAACAGAAAGCCAGCAUAAAGGAAAAAGAGUUGUUUCUUCCACACAUGAAGAAGAAGCCUAACGCUGCCCCUGAGGACGGGGAAACGCUGAACAACUUCUGGCUAGUGGAGGACAUGUUCACCUUCGAGAACCUCGGAUUCACGAACACAGUGGACAACAUUAAAUAUCUUAUCUGUGCCGACUGUGAAGUGGGACCAAUCGGAGUGCACGACAUACGUCAGAAUAAACUCUUCUACGUCGCAUUGGACCGUGUUAAACAUGGAGAGUAGAGUGUACAAACAUCAUGUCUUGACCGAAUAGAAUGUUUGACUUGGUAACUGUGCUAAAGAAAACUACGUUAUGUUCUCAUGAUUAAAUAGUACUGAUAAAAAAUCACAUUGUUUACCAUUGUUGAUGGUAAUUUUAUCUGUGCUGCAUAUUUUUUCUUCGAAUUGUAUCACAAAUGUAACAAUAUUAAUGCUGAAUGAAAAUUUUAAGAUAAGGGUACCCCUAGCGACCCUUUUUUAUGUUGAUCCUUUAACUCAUUAACCCUUGAAAUUUCAUAAUGAACUAUUUCAACCUUUGAAUUGGAAGGGUUCAAAUGUGUUUUCAAGGAUGAAUGAGUUAAUUUGAUCCCAGAUAUCCCAUUUUAGACAAGCUUUGUUGAUUAUAAAAUCAGGAUCUGCGCUCCAUUGUCAAAAUCCUUCUCUGAGCCCAAACAGGUUUCAAGGUGAAUGAUUUACAAUUUCAGCAUGAUUUUUAUCACUUCUGUUAGUCUAUGAAUGAUGUGUGUACCUUGCUCUGUAACAUGUAAUGGAUAUUGGAGUCAUAUGUGUAUUAUUUUUAUACCCCGGCUUUGACAAAGUCCUUUUUUUUUAUAGUAUUUGUUUUGUUCGUGCAUGUACAUGUCUGCGCUGAUUAUGGUUUCAAGGGCAUAUCUCAGCCACUUUUUCACAAAUGGGCUUCAAACCUAUAAUUUGGUACCUAUAGCAUCGGAAGGUGGUGUGUCGCAUUCUAAAAUAAGGUCAUUGUGACCUCAACUUUACUUUACUAUAUAUUGAUUCCUGGUUAUUGGGACCAUUUUUAAUUAAUUUUUAUUUAGUUUAACAUUUUACAUGCUUAUCUAGAAAGGAAAAUAGAACAAAUACUGGUGCUCACAGUGUGUCAAAACUAAGAAACUGCAUUAUUGAAAUUUUUGGGAAAAUAAAUAGUUCAAUACAAGUUAUAUACAUCUCUGCAAAUUUAUCCGACAAAAAGCCCAUGUCUGAAAUUAAGCCCACCCAUAUCUAUUGCAGAUUUAAAAAGAAGUUGCAACAAAUACUCUUGGUAGGUCGGAUGACACAGUGGAUAGCGCACUUGCCUUUCACCAAGGCGACCAGGGUUCGAUUCCCCCAUUGGACUUGAAAAGGUUGGGGU